UUCAAAGACUAUGUAUAUACCAUAAACAUUAGAAAAAAGAUGUUCUCUUUAUUAAAACCGUUUCUCUCCUAAAAUUCUAACCGAACAAAAAUAAUGGUUGAAGCAACCCUGUUGGUCUUUCAUAAAAUCCAGUCCAGUUUUAUUUGUGGGAUUUUCUGUGCUACCAAACAGUUAAGAUAAAGUCAAAGUACUCUGUUUUACUUCCAUAUAAAAUGAGUUAAACAGUUAAAAAUCCAAGUUUGCGAGAGUGUUAUGAAGAAAUAAAAGUAUUUGCUAUGCUAUAAUCGCUCUUAAAUUGUUAAUUUGACUAUAUUUCUCAGGCUACAAGUGUAUGAUUAAUUUUCACAAAGCCGGGGAACUAAUGUAUAUUUAUAUGAGACAACAAUAAGUGUGUAAAAUUUGCAAACGCCAUAUAAUUUAUAUACAAUCACCUUGUCGGGGAGUCCUACAUUUAAAAGUUCCUUUUCACCAAUAUCAAAUAAUUUUUGCUAAGAAGAGAGGGCCAAUAUGUCUAGUACCUCCUCAACAGACGACAGUGGUGAAUUAUUUGAUCCACUUGCUGAAGAACUGCAGAAUGUUCAAUCUGUCAUACAUGUUACUCGGGAAAAUAUUGAUGCACUGAACGCAAAGUUUGCCAAUCUGCAAGAACCACCACCAAUGUACAUCACAGAGUACCAAGAGCUCACUUCGAAGCUACAUGACCUUUUCGUAAAAGAACACGAGCUUAUGGAGCAAUUAAGCUGCCAACAAGAAGAAGCUAGUCAAGUUGAUCAGAAAAAAAAUCAGCCCGAAUAUAAUAAUCAGACAUACCAUUACCAGAACCAACAGCAAGCCUCUCAUCAGCAUGGGCAGGUAGCAUCGGUUGAUAUGACAGAUAGUUAUGCUGUCAGCAGCAAUAAUGGCAGCCAAUGUAGUACAUUGACACGCCCACCGAAAGUAUUGUUACGUGCACAUUUACCUAAUCAACAGCGAACAUCAGUAGAAGUGGUACCCGGUGUUCGAUUACGUGAUGCGCUUAUGAAGGCACUUAAAUUACGUCAGCUGACUCCAGAUAUGUGUGAAGUUACGGCAACGGAUUGUGGGCGUAUUAUCAUUCCAUGGGACACUGACAUAGGCUCGUUGAUGGUGGAAGAGAUAUAUGUGCGCUUGUUGGAUAAAUUUCCAAUAAUGACACAUAUUUCACAUCAGUUCAUACGGAAGACUUUCUUUUCCUUAGCUUUUUGCGAGGGUUGUCGCCGACUGCUUUUCACUGGUUUCUACUGCAAUCAAUGUAAUUUCCGGUUUCAUCAAAGAUGUGCUGAUAAAGUACCUACACUCUGCCAGCAAUUUCCUAUGGAUAACUACUAUCAACGCCUGUUGGCACAGAACCCAGAAAACUCCGUUGGUAUAUUGCAUCCGGGAAGGAAUGCAAUAUUGGGUCAAGUAAGGCACCCGCGUACUAUAAGUCAGCAAGAUCGGUCGAACUCUGCACCCAAUGUAUGUAUAAACAACAUAAGACCAUUAACGGAGGCACAACGGAGUUUAGUGCAAAAUCACGGUCCUCUACAGCAUCCAGGUAGCGAUCAUUCCAAUUCGACACAGGCUUCACCCACUGGUACGUUAAAAACCAUGAAGCGACAAAGGGCGCGUUCUGCAGAUGAGAGCAAUAAAAAUCUGUUGUCGCCCCGCGACGGAAAGGGUUCUGAAGAAAAUUGGAAUAUUCAAGCUGAGGAGAUUUUGAUUGGUCCAAGAAUCGGUUCAGGAUCCUUUGGAACAGUGUACAAAGCCCAUUGGCAUGGCCCAGUCGCUGUGAAAACGUUGAAUGUAAAAACGCCGAGUCCUGUGCAGUUGCAGGCGUUCAAAAAUGAAGUGGCCAUGCUAAAAAAGACUCGACAUUGUAACAUUCUUUUAUUUAUGGGCUGUGUCUCGAAACCCUCGCUAGCAAUUGUAACACAAUGGUGUGAAGGUUCCAGUCUUUAUAAGCAUAUACAUGUUAAUGAAACCAAAUUUAAACUUAACACAUUAAUUGACAUCGGUCGGCAGGUGGCACAGGGUAUGGACUACCUUCAUGCAAAAAAUAUCAUCCACAGAGAUCUCAAGUCCAACAACAUAUUUUUACAUGAAGACCUGUCAGUAAAAAUAGGGGAUUUCGGCUUGGCUACUGCAAAGACACGAUGGUCUGGCGAAAAGCAGGCCAAUCAACCAACAGGCAGUAUUUUAUGGAUGGCACCUGAAGUGAUACGUAUGCAAGAACAGAACCCGUACUCUUUCCAAUCAGAUGUGUAUGCUUUUGGCAUAGUUAUAUAUGAACUAUUAGCUGAAUGUUUGCCAUAUAGCCACAUUAAUAAUAAGGAUCAGAUAUUAUUUAUGGUUGGGCGAGGACUGCUUCGACCAGAUAUGACUAAAGUACGUUCAGACGCCCCACAGGCUUUGAAACGUCUGGCUGAAGAUUGCAUUAAAUUCGAUCGAAACGAUCGUCCGCUAUUUCGCCCGCUAUUAAAUAUGCUGGAAAAUAUGUUACGAGCAAUGCCGAAAAUUCAUCGCAGUGCCAGUGAGCCAAAUAUGACUCAAACGCAGUUGCAUAGCGAAGACUUCUAUCAAUGUCCUAGUCCCAAAACUCCGGUUAACUUCAGUAAUUUCCAGUUCUACAACAGUGCUGGCAAUAUCUAGCGUUGCUGAUCCGACGCUACAAUUGUGAUAACUCUGAUGCGGGUUCGACGACGUCGUCUAUGAAUGUGAACAAAAAAACUCGUCUGGACGUGUGGCUGCGUAAUGAGGUCUCAUUCCAGAUUUGUAACAAAUAAUGAAUGAAAAGGGUUAAUUAAGAUGAAUAAUGAUUGAUGUCGCCUUGACUCAUUCAGACAAAUA